AUGGGGGUUGAAUCCGGUAUCUUCUGCGUUCUUGUGGACUAUUUGAUUGAGCUAAUAGGGUUCUACUUUGACUAUGUCCAGAUAGUGUUGCUCAAAGUCUUAUCCAGGCUACUUUUUCUGCACCAUCAACAAGACCUUGCUAACUGUCUAAAAUGCUGCAGGUUUCUCCCAAAAGUAAACAAUGAUCUUGCGGAUGACAGAAACUCAACCUACAAGGAAAGAUUUGCUAACUUGCAGAACCUAGUCCUUAUUAUGUUUGAGCAAGGCACCGUGUUGAUACCAAAGGAAACAUCCUGGUUCGGAUACUAUCUAGAUGGAACUUUUGAUACUGUUUUGCCUACCCAGGAGACCGAGCUUUACACCAAGGAUUGGAUUGGAUUGAAGACCUUGGAUAAAGCUGGGAAAGUCAAAUUCAUCAAUGUCUCUAGGAACAAUCUCCAGAUCUCUCUCGCCGGGAUGCAAAAAUAUAUAGUUCCUUACUUGGCGGAUAAUGCAGCUUCAGCAAAGAAAAUGGCAACAGGAAUGGCUUCUAGUAGUUGGACCCCAUGGGUUCAGGGUUUGUAUCGAAGAAUGGUUAGGCGAAGAAUGGUUAGGCUAUUCGAGGAUCGACCGCUACUCCUCUUGCCAGUUACCUUUAGCUUUUGCUUAAAAAUGUAAGAUUAUGACAUACAAUGUGAUUUGACAGAUCAAUUUAGGCAGAAACUGAGACGGUCAAUGCAAAUGAACUCCAUAUAGAUUUUGAUUUACAUGUGACCUAAAGAUAAAGCAGUUACGACUUGAUCAUUUGCAAAAUAUGCACAACGUAACUGGGCUCUUACACCUACCGUGUGAGUUAACCAUUUUCACUG